UGUUUCCGAGCCCCCAGCUGUCACAGACAUGCUUUUUCUGUCCUUACGACAAACACUACGGCCCCUCUUCCUCAGGGCUUCAGGAUGUUUGGGCCGAGAGGGGCACGUCACAUCGGGGUUGGGCAAGCGAGGCCUCAGCAGCAACAGUGGAUGGGUGGGACAGGAGAGCCUGGCCCAGGAUGACCCAGAGAUGUGGAGCCUCCUGCAGCAGGAGAAGGACAGGCAGUGUCGGGGACUGGAGCUCAUUGCAUCGGAGAACUUCUGCAGCCGGGCAGCACUUGAAGCCCAGGGCUCCUGUCUGAACAACAAAUACUCUGAGGGAUACCCAGGACAAAGGUACUAUGGAGGUGCAGAGAUCGUAGACAAGAUUGAGCUGCUGUGUCAGAAGCGAGCGCUGACCGCCUUUGGCCUGGACUCAAAUAUGUGGGGUGUCAACGUCCAGCCAUACUCCGGAUCCCCUGCUAACUUUGCAGCCUACACAUCUGUACUGCAGCCUCACGACCGCAUCAUGGGCCUGGAUCUGCCUGACGGAGGACAUCUUACUCACGGCUACAUGACGGACACCAAGAGAAUCUCAGCCACCUCCAUCUACUUUGAAUCGAUGCCUUACAAGCUGGAUCCCAAAACAGGGAUGAUAGAUUAUGACCAGCUGGAGAAGACAGCCCGACUGUUCAGACCCAGACUCAUCAUAGCAGGAACGAGCGCCUACGCUCGCCUCAUUGACUAUUCUCGCAUGAAGAAGCUAUGUGUGGAACUUAAUGCCUACCUGCUGGCAGACAUGGCUCAUAUCAGCGGCCUGGUGGCAGCAGGAGCUGUUCCCUCUCCUUUCCAGCACGCGGACCUGGUCACCUCCACUACCCAUAAGUCCCUGCGUGGAUCAAGGGCCGGUCUGAUCUUCUACCGCAAAGGUGUGCGGUCUGUGGAUAAGAAAGGUCGGGAGGUGACCUAUGACCUCCAGGACAGGGUGAACUUUGCCGUGUUCCCAUCACUUCAGGGUGGACCUCACAACCACGCCAUUGCUGGGGUGGCUGUCGCCCUCAAACAGGCUUCCUCUCCCAUGUUUAAACAGUACAUCGCUCAAGUGCUGCUGAAUGCCAAGUCCAUGGCUAAUGCUCUGCUGAAGAAAGGCUUCACGCUGGUGUCAGGUGGAACAGACAACCACCUGGUCUUGGUUGACCUUCGACCUCGCAGGAUGGACGGGGCUCGGGCUGAGAGGGUCCUGGAGCUGGUGUCCGUCACUGCCAACAAGAACACCUGCCCCGGAGACAAGAGCGCUCUGACUCCAGGAGGACUCAGGCUUGGAACUCCGGCUCUGACAUCCAGACAGUUCAAGGAGGCAGACUUUGAAAAGGUUGUGGAUUUUAUUGACGAAGGGAUUCAGAUCGCACUGGAUGUGAAAAAGAAGACUGGAAAUCUGGCCAGCUUCAAGUCCUUCCUGCUGGAGGACUCGGAGACUGUGUCGCGCAUCGCAGACCUCCGCCAGCGGGUGGAGCUAUUCGCCAGGCCCUUCCCUAUGCCCGGAUUCACUGACCACUAGUAACACCCCAUACACAAAUACACUUUUAUCCUUUAGAACUUUUCUAAUGUAAUAAGUCUCAGAUUUUUAGAUUCUACGAUAAUCUAGUCUUAGAUGACGUUGCCAUGGAAACAAGCAUAGUUUCAAAACACUGUCAGGUUAAAACUUGGUCAGUGUGCAGCUGCAGCGGUCAUUUCCAUAUCAACUGUAGCUGCAAGCAGAUAUAAGUGUAUAAUAUGUCUUUGUCAACAACUAUAACGUCUCCUGGCAUCCAGUCAUUUUUUCCAAUUUAUUACAGUACCAUGCAAAACUCUUAUAGGCCACUUUUAAAUUAUGUUUAAUCAUACUACAUAUGAAAAUGAUUUUGUUUUUUGCAUUCAAGUGGCCUCAAAUGUUGCACAGUAACAAAGAUUAUGUUGCAGUUAAAACAUCAGCAGCUAGUGCACUUGCUCUAAUGUGUUUCCCACUUCUUUUGGGGGUUUGCUGCCCUAAAUCAGGAAGGACCUUGAGUGUUUUAGGUAUUUGGCUUUUUGUCACUAAGCUCUUUUUAGAGACCUUAUCAACGUCAGGCUUUGUCCCAGGCCCUGGGAAACUCACAGCAGCUGUGUUGGGAAUUGAACACACACUCAGCUUACACCCACAGAAGCACAGACUGAAAAGGGUAAACGGUUACAGCACAAACUAUGUUUUUAGGCUUUUUUUUUGGUAUAACAUAUUAAUGCCACCUUCUAUACAUUCUCUUUGGUUUGUAUUGUAAAGGACUUGUGAGAAAUGUACAAUGUAUAUACAGUAGAUCUUCUUUAUUGCAAU